CCUCCUCGAAACGGCUAAGCACAAAAACAGAAAACCGAAACCGAGGGAGAAGGAGCAACCAACCAAACCAACGGACGCCAUCGCCACCACCAUCCUCGCCGUCGCCUCUCCAACUCACCACUCCUCCUCCUCCUAUAAACCAACGAAGAACACAAACUCAAACUCCUCCUUCACACACACGCACGCGACACCGGUCAAGAAGCGCGCGCGCGCGCACCACUGCACCGCGCGAGCGGCAACGGCGGAGGAGGAGAGGCUGUGAGUGGUGGGCAAUGGCCGUGGCGGCGCGGCUGAGGUCGGCGGGGGCAAGGCUCGUGGUCGGGCCGGCGGCGAUGGCGGUGGGACGUGGUGGUGGUGGGGAGGGGAGGUGGAUGGGGACGGCCACGGCGGAGGCGGCCGCGGGGAUCGCGAGGUGGGAGCCGAUGGGGGCGCGGGAGUACUACGACUACCGGAGGGCCAUCUACGGCGACAUCACCCACAAGGCCAUCCUCGUCGACGCCGCCGGGACGCUCCUCGCCCCCACCGAGCCCAUGGCGCAGGUAUACAGAACAAUUGGCGAAAAGUAUGGAGUCAACUACUCAGAGGAUGAGAUCUUGAUGAGAUACAGGAGGGCUUAUGCGCAGCCAUGGGGUAGAUCGCGGCUGAGGUAUGUGGAUGAUGGUAGGCCCUUCUGGCAGCAUAUAGUUAGCUCUUCAACUGGAUGCUCAGAUUUACAGUACUUUGAGGAACUUUAUCAGUACUAUACAACUGCAAAGGCUUGGCAGCUCUGCGACCCUGACGCUAAAUAUGUUUUUGAAGCAUUGAGAAAGGCUGGUGUAAAAACAGCUGUUGUAUCCAACUUUGACACACGUCUUCGGCCACUUUUACAGGCCCUGAAUUGUGAUCACUGGUUUGAUGCAGUUGCUGUAUCUGCUGAGGUUGCUGCGGAAAAGCCAAACCCAACAAUAUUCUUGAAGGCUUGCGAGUUUUUAGGUGUGAAGCCUGAAGAAGCUGUGCAUAUUGGUGAUGACCGCAGGAAUGAUCUCUGGGGAGCCAGGGAUGCAGGCUGUGAUGCCUGGCUCUGGGGCAGUGAUGUUUACUCUUUCAAGGAGGUCGCAGAAAGGAUCGGAGUUAAGGUGUAAGGAGUCGUUCGUCCGCUGGGUCACCUGAAAUAAGAAGGCCGGGAGGUGUUGCAUUUUUGUACAUAGCGGCAACCCUUGUUGCUCCACUGAUGUACAUAUUUUUCCAGAGAAUAACCGAUGGCAGUGUAGUAUAUAUCUGUAUGACUGCAUUUGCAUUUGAGACUUUGAGCGCUCAAUUUACGUUACCCCUGCUGGUGUCUGAAA